UGGCGUCCUGCAGGAUGUGACGGCGUCGGAGACCUCAGCCUGAGUCCUCAGAGGGUGCUUCUCUGCCCUUGGCUCGUCUCUCAACCCUCGGCAUCUCGGCCUGCGGUCAUUAUGAAUUUGAUUCAGACUGUUCGUGAACACUGGGUUCAUAUCCUGGUACCAAUGGGAUUUGUCUUUGGUUAUUACCUAGAGAAGUGGAGUGAUGAAAAAUUAACUACUUUCCGGAAUAAGAGCUUGUUAUUUAAAAGGGAACUGAAACCUGAUGAAGAUGCUACCUGGAAAUAAAAGUUUUGGCUGAAUUGAGAAAUGUUCGUGUUGAAUAAAAUAUUUUAUGAAAACAAUGAAAA